GUGGUUUCUGACUGCUCUCUGAAGGCUUUUCCCGCUUUUGUUUUCAUCACCAUCCAAGCGACGGAUGUUGGCCGCACCGGAGUGUUUCUGAAGUCAGAGAAUCCAGCCUGAAACAAUGAUCUCACGGUAUAAACCGAGUCCCGGUUCCACCAUGUCCUUGGCGUUCUGUGGGAACGAGAAUAACUCGUCAGCCUACAACGUGGACGGGGGCGUUCUGAACAACGGCUGUUUCCUUGAUGCGCUCAACGUGGUCCCACAUGUUUUUCUGCUCUUCAUCACCUUUCCCAUCCUCUUCAUUGGUUGGGGCAGUCAGAGUUCAAAAGUCCACAUUCACCACAGCACCUGGCUUCACUUCCCUGGACACAACCUGCGCUGGCUCCUCACCUUCGUCCUGCUCUUCAUCCUCGUCUGUGAGAUUGCAGAAGGCAUCGUCUCUGAUGGGUUCAGCCAGUCCCUCCAUCUUCAUCUAUACAUGCCUGCAGCUCUGGCUUUCAUGGCUGGCAUCACAUCUAUCGUCUACUACCAUAACAUCGAGACCUCCAAUUUCCCCAAAUUACUACUAGCCCUGCUGAUCUACUGGGUACUGGCCUUCAUCAUGAAGAUUGUCAAGUUUGCCAAGUACACGGAGCACGGCAUCGGCCCCGGCCAGCUUCGCUACUGCAUCACAGGACUGCUGAUGCUGCUGUACGGACUUCUGCUGGCUGUGGAGAUCAACGUCAUCCUGGGCAGGCGCUACAUGUGUUUCGCCAAUCCAACAGAGGUGAAGCCCCCUGAAGAUCUCCAGGACCUCGGUGUUCGUUUCCUGCAGCCUUUCGUCAACUUGUUGUCCAAAGCAACUUACUGGUGGAUGAACACCUUCAUCACCUCCGCUCACAGACGGCCCAUCGACCUGAAGGUCAUCGGCAAACUGCCCAUUGCCAUGAGAGCGCUGACAAACUACAUCAAGCUUCGCAAGGAGUUUGAGGAGCAGAAGAGGCCUCAGGGCAUCGCACCCCAAGGUCCGAAGUGGAUCUGGCAGGCCCUGAGGAAAGCAUUUGGCAGACCUCUCAUCCUGAGCAUCACAUUCCGCUUCCUGGCGGACCUGCUGGGCUUCGCCGGCCCGCUCUGCAUCUCUGGCAUCGUGCACCACAUCAGCAAAGACAAUCGUACCAUUCAGCAACCGACGAAGCUUCUCGGCAUCUAUUUCAUUUCCUCCAAGGAGUUCCUUGAGAAUGCAUAUGUACUGGCGGUGCUACUCUUCUUCACCCUGCUCCUGCAGAGGACCUUCCUCCAGGCCUCCUACUAUGUGGCCAUUGAAACCGGCAUCAACCUGCGUGGGGCCAUACAGACAAAGAUCUACAACAAGAUCAUGCGCCUGAGCACGUCCAACAUGUCCAUGGGAGAGCUGACGGUGGCUCAGAUCUGUAACCUGGUUGCCAUAGAUACCAACCAGCUCAUGUGGUUCUUCUUCCUUUGUCCCAAUCUGUGGGCCAUGCCAGUGCAGAUAAUCGUGGGAGUGAUCCUGCUCUACUACCUCUUGGGAAUCAGUGCCUUGAUUGGUGCGACUGUCAUUGCUGUGUUAGCACCUGUGCAAUACUUUGUGGCCACGAAGCUGUCCCAAACACAAAAGAGCACUCUGGAAUACUCCAGCGAGCGUCUAAAGAAGACCAAUGAGCUCCUGCGAGGCAUCAAGCUGCUGAAACUGUACGCCUGGGAGCAGAUCUUCUGUGACAGUGUGGAGGAAACCAGGGGCAAGGAGCUCACCAGCCUGCAGGCGUUCGCUCUUUAUACGUCCAUAUCCAUUUUCAUGAAUGCAGCAAUCCCUAUUGCAGCAGUGCUGACAACAUUCGUGGUUCACGUCCACAUCUCUGAGGAUGCUGAUCUGUCUCCAGCUGUGGCUUUCGCCUCUCUGUCUCUCUUUCACAUCCUGGUCACCCCCCUCUUCCUCCUGUCCAGCGUGGUGCGCUCCACUGUCAAGGCUCUUGUGAGUGUUCAGAAGCUCAGUGAGUUCUUCUCAAGCGACGAGAUUGGAGAUGAGUACGAGCCCAGAGCAACAUUAUCGUCUGGCUGCAGCAAUCACAACCAAAAUAGGUACCAGGCUGUGUCAUCCUCUAAAACUCUCCCUACGUCGACUUCCUCCUCCUUUUUCUCCCGUUACCUCCAGCCUUUGAAGGUGGUGAACCGGAAGCGCCCUCCGAGGGACGACUGGAACAACUACAGCUCUCAGGGGGACCCGGAGGGUGACGGGCCCUCCCAAGAUGUGGACCGGGACAUCUGUAUCAAGAUAACUAGCGGUUAUUUCACCUGGACGGAUGGAGCACCUACGCUUUCCAAUGUGGACAUCAAGGUUCCUUUUGGUAAGCUGACUAUGAUUGUGGGCCAGGUGGGCUGCGGGAAGUCGUCGCUGCUGCUGGCGGCACUGGGAGAGAUGCAGAGAAUCUCGGGAACGGUCACCUGGAACAGCUUGCCAAACCUUGAGUCUGAGGCAGAUGAAAGUCCCACAGACAGAGAAGCACCAAGUGACGGAGACAUCAGGAAGAGAUGCGCCGUGGCCUACGCUUCCCAGAAGCCCUGGCUGUUAAACACCAGCGUGGUGGAGAACAUCACCUUUGAGAUGCCCAUGAUUAAAUCAAGAUACAAAGCUGUCAUCGAAGCCUGCUCCCUUCAGCCCGACAUCGACAUCCUUCAGCAGGGGGAUCAGACAGAAAUCGGGGAACGCGGUGUCAUUCUUUCAGGAGGACAAAAACAACGAAUUAGUGUGGCCAGAGCACUGUACCAGCAGACCAAUGUGGUUUUUCUGGAUGACCCCUUUUCUGCCUUAGACAUCCACCUGAGUGACCAUCUGAUGCAGGACGGCAUCCUGAAGCUGCUGAGGGAGGAGAAGAGGACGGUGGUGUUGGUCACACAUAAGCUUCAGUAUCUGCUCCACGCAGACUGGAUUAUUGCCAUGAAGGAUGGGACUAUCCAGACUGAAGGGAGUCUGAAGGACAUCCAGAACUCUGAACCUGAACUCUUUGAACAGUGGAAAACCUUGAUGCACAGAGAGGGCCAGGAGUUUCAGACGGAGACGGUUGAGGCAAGUAUGACUGAUAUGGAGAGGAAGAACCUGCGAAGGGCCAUGUACUCCAGGGAGGCGGCGAGGACGGAGGAGGACGAGGAAGAGGAGUCCGUGGAAAGCGAAGACGAUGACAACUUCUCCCAGGUGAUGCGUCAGCGGGCCACCAUCCCCUGGCGCUCCUGCGGUACCUACCUGUCCUCUGCCGGGUUCCUGCUGCUCAGCCUGUUCCUCCUGUCGCAGCUCCUCAAACACUCGCUCAUGGUCGCCAUCGACUACUGGCUGGCACACUGGACCUCACAGGUCAUCGCGGCCAAGCUGGACGCCUCGGCCCACAACUGCACCCUGGUUCAGGACUGCGGCUUCAGCCACUCGUGGUAUCUGUCCGUGUUCAGCGUGCUCUGCUGUCUGGGCAUCGUCCUCUGUCUCGCCACCUCCGUGGCGGUGGAGUGGACCGGCCUCAAAGUGGCCAAGGAGCUCCACCACAACCUGCUCAACAAGAUCGUGCUGGCUCCGAUGAGGCUGUUUGAGACGACUCCGCUCGGCAGCAUCCUCAACAGGUUUUCCACAGACACCAACACCAUCGACCAGCACAUCCCCACCACGCUGGAGUGCCUCUCCCGCUCCACCCUGCUGUGCGUCUGCGCCCUGGGCGUCAUCUCCUACGUGACGCCCGUCUUCCUCUUCGCUCUCCUUCCCCUGGCCGUCGCCUGCUACUUCAUACAGAAAUACUUCCGCAUGGCUUCCAGGGACCUGCAGCAUUUGGAGGACGGCACCCAGCUUCCUUUACUCUCGCACUUCUCUGAGACGGUGGAGGGAAUCACCACCAUUAGAGCCCUCAGGUACGAGCCCAGGUUCAGGCAGAGGCUUCUGCAGUUCACCGAUGCCAACAACAUCGCCUCGCUCUUCCUCACCGCGGCCAACCGUUGGCUGGAGGUCCGCAUGGAGUACAUUGGAGCUUGUGUGGUGUUGGUGGCAGCUGUGGCCUCCAUCACCAACUCCGUCUACAACCAGCUGUCUCCUGGUCUGGUGGGGCUCGGCCUGACGUACGCGCUCAUGGUGUCCAACUACAUGAACUGGAUGGUGCGUAACUUGGCAGACAUGGAAGUGCAGCUCGGCUCAGUCAAGAGGAUUAAUGGGCUGCUCAAGACCGAGCCGGAGAAUUACGAGGGACUCCUCACUGUGUCUCAGGUGCCCGACGGCUGGCCCCGGCACGGAGAGAUAAAGAUCCAGAACCUGAGCGUUCGUUACGACCCCACACUGAAGCCCGUGCUCAAAAAUGUCAACGCACACAUUAGUCCUAGUCAGAAGGUGGGGAUCUGUGGCAGGACUGGCAGUGGCAAAUCAUCUUUCUCCUUGGCUUUCUUCCGCAUGGUGGACAUGUUUGAGGGGAGGAUUGUGAUUGACAACAUUGACAUCGCCAAGCUGCCGCUGCAGACCCUGAGGUCUCGCCUGUCCAUCAUCCUCCAGGACCCCUUCCUGUUCAGUGGAACCAUCCGGUUCAACCUGGACCCAGAGAUGAAGGCCACAGACGAGAUGCUGUGGGAAGCUCUGGAGAUCGCUCAGCUGAAGCCUGUCGUUAAAACCCUGCCAGGAGGUCUAGAUGCCAUGGUGACGGAGGGAGGGGAGAACUUCAGCCAGGGGCAGCGACAGCUGUUCUGCCUGGCCAGAGCCUUCGUGAGGAAGAGCAGCAUCCUCAUCAUGGACGAGGCAACGGCCUCCAUCGACAUGGCAACGGAGAGCAUCCUGCAGAAAGUGGUGAUGACAGCUUUUGCUGACCGUACAGUCGUAACUAUAGCGCAUCGCGUCCACACCAUCCUGAAUGCCGACCUGGUGAUUGUGAUGAAGCGGGGGAUCAUCCUGGAGUACGACGGACCCCAGGCCCUGCUGGACAAGGAGGACAGCGUCUUCGCCUCCUUCGUACGAGCAGACAAGUAGCACAAGAAGAGGAGAGCGUGGAAAAAGCAGACAUUCAAAGUGCAAUUGUUCCAUGGAAUAUAUAUUCCUUCUUUUUAUUUUUUAAUCAUUCUGUAUUAUAUUUGUACAUAAAAAUAAUGGAUUAUUUGUUAAUAAAAGCAUA